AUGCGGCCCUUCCUCUCGCCCGCCCUCCCAACCUCCGCCGAGCAGCCCUCGUUCGCCGACGAGGUCGAGCAGGACCUCCGGCGCCGCGAGAGCUCUGAAGCUCCCGCACACCUUAACGGCGACACCCUGUCGGCGCCCUCGGUCAUCUUUCCGCCGUCGGCGCAACCUCCUCCCCGAGACGGGGCAGCAGCGGGCGAGAGUCGCGUCGCGGUCGGCAUGGAGCCCGAGUUCAGCAGCAGCAGCGGCGACGGCGCUCCCCGCACCAGGUCCAUCCUCUUCCCGGCGUCGUCGUCGUCAACGCGCCCAGUCAGCCAGGUCAGCGGCAGCACCGUCCUUCCCUACGACGACGACCGCCGCUCGCCCGCUCGCCCGACGCCGCACCCGCUCUCGGCGCCGCCGCGCGCCUCGAACGGCCACGACCUCGCCGGCGAGGCGUCGAGGAUGACGCGCCCGCAGUCGCAGUCGAGCCUGCGCUACCGCGCCGCGCACCCGAGCCGCAUGGGCAAGCGGGCGUCGACUCGCUCGCUCGUCGGCGAGCCGCGCGACGACUACGUCCGCGCGUCGGACCCGGGCGCGCCGCGUCGACUCAGGAGGGAGCGGUCGCGUUCGCUCGGCGACGACGAGUCGGGGCGCGGGCCUCGGCUGCGCACGCUGUCGGGCCCGGGCAAGGUCAGCGGGGCGGUGCUCGAGGACGAGGACGGCCUCGACGACGCCGACGCGACGGGCGAGAUCGACUUUGAUGGGCGCGAGGACGGCGAGAACGGGUUCGGUGCGCGGGACGGACAAGGGCAGGAGAGGGAGAACGGCGACCUGUCGAGCGAGGAGGCGUGGUACUUCCUCCGGUCGCUCGUCGGCCAGGAGAUCCAGCGCGAGGAGGACCUGCUGUGGAAGCUCAAGGACCUGGAUGGGACGAGCGGCGUCGAAGACGGCGAGAGCAUCGACCCGGCCGAGGUCCCCAUCCUUCGUUACCUCAUCCGCCACUUCCUCCUCACCCUUCCCCUCGUGCGCGACACCGUGUCGGACGGCGACGUGCCGGCGUUCUGGGUCGACGGCCUGCACCCGAUCAUCCGCUCGCUCCACGACGCCGACCUGUCCAAGCCCGUCGACCGCGGCUACCAGGGCGUCGCCUCUCGCCUGUACGGCUCGUCGUGCCGCAACGCGCUCGAGCGGUUCGUCACGGCCGGCCUCAAGCUCAGCAGCGCCUCGUACGACGCGCCGACCAACCUCGCGACCCCGACCGCGCCGGCGAUGCUGCCGCAGACGAGCGCCACGUCGUCGCAGCGCUACAACUUCCAGCCCCUCGUGCCGCCACCGUUCCCCGAGUCGCCGACCGACUCGUCGUCCCCGAACGGCGUCAAGGCCGCACGCCCUCUUUCGGCCGCUCGGUCCCCCUCCUGGUCCCGCCGCUUCUCGAUCAGCCGCAUCUUUGGCGGCGCAGCAGCAGGUCCAGCCGGCACGUCGAGCCCGCCGCGCCUGCCGCCGCCUGUACUCGCAUCGCCGCUCGUCAUGACGAGCGCGUCGUCGUCGUCCGAGACCGAGAACGGCGCCGACUCGCGCCAUGGCUCGACGGGCUCUCGUCGCGAGUCGGCGGGCCCGGCACGCCCCGACUCGGCCGUGCUCCCGAGCAUGCCCUUCCUCGGCGCCGCCACCGCCGUCGUACCGGUCGCCGCAGCGGGGCAGUCGGCGUCGCGUCGCUCCUCUGCGGCAGCCGAGGAGCUCGAGGAGCUCAGCCUCCAGCCGACGCGCUCGCAAGCGGCGUCGACGCACGACGCCGAGAGCUUCGUCACGGCGGGCGAGGGCAGGGCGAGCCGGGCGAGCCACAGCGUCCACGACCACGACGACGGCACCCUGCGCAUCCCGCCGUCGGCGCCCGCCUCGACCUACGCCACGCCGGCUUUGACGGCCGGGCUCGCGACGUCGCCGGCAUUCUUCGCCGAGAGCGGCGACAACGGCGAGGCGGUCGACGGCGACGGCCUCGGCCCCUCGUCGUCCCAGGCGACGACGCCCAAGCAGCAGCAGUCGAGGUUCCUCGAGGGCGACGAGGCGACACGACCCGCCUCGACGUCGACCACGACGACGCCGGCCGAGCCGUACGUCGUCGACGAGUCGUCGCAGGCCACGCCGUCGCUCGCGCCGCCCAUCCCGAGCGUCGUCCUCCCGUACCAGGCGUCGUCCACGAGCGCGCCCAAGGCUGCGGCCUCGAGUACGCCGUCGCGCACCACCACGACGCCGCUGCGGCCCGUCAAGUCGCCCGAGCGGCAGUCGACGCUCGAGCCCGCACCAGACGCUCGCGCCUCGACGCCCGCCAAGCUCAACCACAAGUUCAGCUUCGGCGGCCUGCUCAAGGGCAUCCGUCGCUCGUCGGCGAGCGGCGGUGCGAGCGGGUCCGACUCGGCCUCGCCGAGGGCCUCGCACGACGUGGUCGCCAGCCGGCGGCUCCCGCUCGGGCCCUCGACGCCGCAAGAGCGAGGCGACGUCGUCGCGCACUCUGGGCUGCCGGCCCAGUUCGUCCCGCCCGUCCUGCCGCCCUCGUCGGGCGACGGCACGCCCGGUUCGGCCGCCGAGUACGAGCCGAGCUUGCCGGCGCUCCCGCCCGUCCUCGUGCCCAAGGGCGGCGCAGCAUGGCCGUUCGACGCGGCUGUGCCGUUCCUCCAGGGCCCCGAGUUCGAGCACCUCAAGUGGGGUGGGUUCGAGGCCGACGUCGUCGGGUGCCGCAAGAGCCUCUUCUCGCACAGCUUCAUCAUUCGUGUGCGGCGACCGGGCCGUCUCGACGAGUUUGUGCUCCGCACCGAGGCGCAGUUCCUCAAGUUCUCGCGCAACAUGCCCAAGCACUUCCCCGAGGCGCACCUGCGCCGCAUCCCGGCCGGCGCGCCCAAGAACGACACGGUCAUCCGCCCUCGCCCUAGCCUCGUCGGCAUGCCCAGCGCCACCUCGCUCCAGUCGGGCGCCGGCACCGAGCUCGGCCCUCGCAGCCACUCGCGCCUCGUCAACGGCCUGCGCGCCGCUGCCGCCGACCCGCACGGCUCGCCCUCGACGACCAUGAGCCGCCCGCCGACCCGCUCGAGCGUCGGGUCGACGUUCACGCGCAGCCUGCGCGCCCAGUCGGUGCACGCCCAGAGCGAGUCCAAGACGGUCCGACAGCGCAGGUCGCGUGCGGCGAGCCUGUCGGCGUCGGCCCUGCAGCGCCCGCAGUCGGCGGUCGGCAGCUACCGCUCGUACCCGACGAGCUUCGGCUCGCGCGCCAUCAUCCCCGCCGAGAUCGGCAAGAAGAUGCCGCCGCACGACCCGAGGCGCCGUGCGCUGCGGGCGUGGCUGCGCGACGUGCUGAGCGUGCGCGGCGUCGGCCACCACAAGGAGACGGCAGCGUUCCUCCUCGCCGGGUCGAUCGUGCCAAGGGAUGCAGACGUCAUGGACAUCGCCAAGCGCGAGGCGAUCGACGACGCUCGCCGCAACGCCCGCUCGAACGACGCCUACUCGUCGGUCGACAGGGUUCGCGCGACGAGGGAGAGCUUCUCGGCGGUCGAGGAGGAGGUCAUCCAUGGCGAAGGCCUCGGCGAGAUCUCGGAGGCGCUCAAGACCAAGCGCUCGAUCGACGAGUUGCCGCUCAAGUACCAGCAGGUGCUCGAGGGCCUUCGCUUCGACUUCGCGGCGACCAUCUACGACGCGCUCGUCGGGUCCGAGACGUCGAACAUGACCUUCGCAAAGCUCAAGGCGCUCCACUCGACCUUCCCGUGGUUCAUCGUCAAGCAGGCGCUGCGUCUCAAGGGCUCCAACUUCAUGGCGCGUCGGCUGCAGGACAUCCUCCUCUCGCGGCCGCUCGGCGGCAAGAGCCUUCUCCAAAAGAUCCUCGCCAUCACGCUCGACGACGACCCUGUGCGCCUCGCCAAGGAGAUGGACCGCCUCCAGGUCCGCAUCGGCAGCGCCGUCAUGGUCGAGAAGCUCAACUUGUUCGUCCACGACAGCCGGGAGAAGAAGGCCAUCAUCCGCCGCUAUGCCGAGGAGAACAAGAUCGAGCUGGUCCUCUGCAUCGUGCGUGGCGCCGACGAGCCUCGCCUGCCUGGCUUCGAGCUCGACCGCAUCACGGCCGCCAGCAAGGCGUACCGCAAGUGGGCCAAGACCAACCCGUCGCCGGUCGCCAAGCUCCAGGUCCGCGACUCGGACAUCCGCCUCGUCCUCGACCUGCAGGCCUACCUGCGCCUCGCUUCGCGAGACCGCGACGCGACCGUCCUGCGCCAGCUCCUCGCCCAAGAAGAUUUCGCGAGCGCUGUCGAGGUCUUGGCGCACCCGCUCAUCGCUCUCAUCAAGCGCGUCUACAAGGUCGGCCACGGCGCUCAGGCCCUCACCGACCUGCAGACGUUCCUCGACCAGCUCAUCAUCAUCGUCGAGGCCCUCCGCAGCCGCAUCCAGGACCCGCAGAAGAGCGUGCGCGUCAUCGCUCGCCUCCUCCAGCGGCAUCAGCAGAACCUGUACUCGUUCGUGCGUGCGGUGCACCGCGGCGAGACGGUCAUCGAGGAGUUCUUGCAGUGGGCCUGGACCGCCUCUGUCUUCCUUCGCCGCGGCCUCGCGCAGCCCAUCGACCUCGACCAGCUCGUCCCGCCCGAGGGCGAGGGCGAGGAGGACAAGGCGUACCUGCUCGAGGAGCUCGAGGACCUCGUCUCGUUCCACCGCGCCAAGCGCCUCGACGCGUUCCAGGCGGCGUGCAGGCGUGCAGCCGGCGACGUCGACGCCGACGACCCGAUCCUCGUCGAGGGCGACGGCAAGGGCCGCAGCCAGGUCGAACCUUGCGUCGAGCCCCGACCACGCGCGCCGCGCCUGUCCGAGGUGCCGCUCUAUGCUGCGGCGUUCAAGGACCAGCUCAAGAGCGUCUUUGCGGUGUGA